AUGAAUAACGCUGCUGUGAGCAUUGGUGUUGGAGUUAGCCCCCUCUUCUCCCCAACACUCCUGGGCACUGUUUUGCAGACGGGAAAGUUGGACCCCCACUACCCAAGGGUCUGCGGGCACAGAGGGAACGUCUUAGACAUCAAGUGGAAUCCUUUUAAUGAUUUUGAGAUCGCCUCCUGCUCUGAAGAUACCACAAUUAAGAUCUGGGACAUCCCCAAGCAGCUGCUGACCAAGAACCUCACAGUCUGCAAGAAGGAGCUGAUGGGCCACACCCGCAGGGUGGGCCUGGUGGAGUGGCACCCGACGGCUGCCAACAUCCUCUUCAGCUCUGGCUACGACUUCAAGGUAAUGGUCUGGAACCUGGACACAAAGGAGUCUAUAAUCAUGAACCCCGUGCGGACGAUUACCUGCCACCAAGGCACGGUCCUCUCCAUGUCCUUCAACACCAACGGCAGCCUGCUGGCCACCACCUGUAAAGACCGCAAGAUUCGGGUUCUCGACCCCCGGGCAGGGGCCGUCCUCCAGGAAGCCAACUGCACGGAGCACCGGGCCAACAAAGUGCUGUUUCUGGGGCACCUGAAUAAGCUGCUGUCCACGGGCACAUCCCGAUGGAACAACCGGCAGUUGGCCGUGUGGGACCAGGACAACCUCUCCCAGCCUCUCUCAGAGAUGGACCUGGAUGGCUCCUCGGGCGUGCUGUUUCCCUUCUAUGACGCGGACACCAACAUGCUCUACGUGGUGGGGAAGGGAGAUGGAAACAUCCGCUACUAUGAGGUGAGCGCCGACAAACCUCACCUGAGCUACUUGACAGAAUACCGCUCCCAUAGCCCACAGAAGGGGAUGGGUGUCAUGCCAAAGAGAGGUCUCGACGUCACCUCCUGCGAGAUCUUCCGCUUCUACAAGCUGAUUGCAAGCAAAGGCCUCAUUGAGCCUAUAUCCAUGAUUGUACCCCGGCGGUCGGAGUCUUAUCAAGAGGACAUCUACCCGCCCACGGCAGGAGCCUGGCCGUCUCUGACAGCCCAGGAGUGGCUCCGUGGCAUGAAUAAAG